AUGAAGAUAUUAGAAAGCAGAAGAAGAAACAGUAUUGUGAUAAUAUUUUAUAUUCUGAUGAUAAAUACUGUUCUGUAUAAAGUAUUCCCGUAUAAAGAAAUAAUUACAGCUAAUGAUAUAAAAGAAGACAUUCAAACCUUAAAAAGCACCUGUAUACACCUUAAAUGGGAUAAUCUUCUUUCUAUUCCUGUAGAAGAUUCAAUUAUUUAUCUAAAUGAGUAUAGGGAAAGUAUUAGAACAGUAAGCAGAGUAUUAGAGAAGUAUAAAAAUAUUUUAAGUAAAAGCAUUCCACUGUAUAAUCUUGUUAGGUGGCUUAGAUUAAUAACAGAUAAAAUCAUAGAAAGGUUUAAUGAAAUAGAUGAGUAUAUGAAAAGAGAUUCUAGUAUUGAGUGUAAAAGGGAGGGAUUAUAUAAAUAUUUUAAAAUGCAUUUGUAUAAGUUAGAAAAUAGUCAUAAUGAGUAUAAGUAUGAGAAGUGGAUGUGCGAUUUUAUAGAAGAAUUAUUCCUAGAUAAAAGGUUCUUAUAUGAGAAUUAUUACUAUUCUUGUAUUAAAGAGCAUCUUCUAAAUAAAAAUAAAUUAAAAAGAGAAGAAUUACAGGGCGUAUACAAUGAGUGUAUAAAAAGAAUAAAAAAUGUCGUUGGGAAUAGGCAGAAUAUAAUAGAAGGAGUACAGUGGGAAAAAUCCCCAGAAAGCAUAGAAAAUAGUGUAGGAGUACUUUUUAUGCAAAACGAGUUAUUUUCACUUUUUAAUGAAUUAUAUGUAAGGACGUUUAUACGUAUGAAAGGGUAUUUCCCUGUGGGAUUUAGUAAAGUACUUCUUUUUUAUAAUAAUGUAAUAGGAAAUAGUAUAAUAUACAGAAACAACGUAUGCAGAUCACAUGUGUUCACUAUGCUGAGUCAAGAGGUAUUAGAGCCAUUGGUGGAGGAGAAGUAUUUUAUGUAUGUAUAUAAUUCAAUGCCUAUAUGGGAGACUCUUUUAGGUAAAGAAGUAGAUAUUCUAAUAGAAGCACGGACAAAUACAUUUGAACAAAUAUCUAUAAAUACGGAUAAUUGGAGUAGGAUGGUUAAGAGUUGUUUUAUUAAAGAGGAGUUACCAAAGAUAUUAAAGAGUAUUUGGAGUGGGAUAGGCAAAAGUAUAGACAGAAUUAAUACAUUAAUUGAUAAUACUGAGUAUCACGGGAGUAUAUUAGAACAAAACCAUAAAAAAGCAUAUAUAAAGAGUUUUAUAUGUGAAAUUGAACGAACUGUGCAGGAGGAUAUAGUUGGAAUAUAUUCUCCCAUGAGUGUUUCAUCAGUUUUAAAAAUAUUGCAUGUAAUGGAAGAUAUACCAUCAGAGCAGACGCAGCAAAUAGAAAAAUUAGUAGGACAUCGGUCUUUUGCAGAUUUAUAUAAGGAUGCAUACCACCAUCCACUAUUUCUGGAUAGAAGUUAUUCUAAUGCGCAUGAAGAGAGCAGUACCAGCCAGAGUAAAGAAAGUACUAUUAAGUAUAAACCAUUAAUCACGGGAAGCACACCGUAUUCUAAUAAUAUUGACCUUCUUGGAGUUAUACUGACGUACCACAAUAUUCUACUGGGAAAUUUAUUUACAGCUGUAUGUGCGCUUCUCUAUGAAAAAUGGACUAUAUUAUUUGGGAUAAGUACAUUACACAUAAUUGACUCAAUAAUAGAAAAUGAAAUGAAAGCACAAUACCUUCUUGUUAUAGCAUAUGUGUACAACAAUAUCAUAAAUCGGGUUAUGUCUGUGGAAAGGAUUAAUAUGUGCUUAAAGCAAGAAACACAUAAUAUUAUAAAAACAUGCAAAAUAAAGCAUACUUCUGCCUUAUUACCACAUACUGAAAUAACUCUAUUAAACAUAGAUAAGUAUGUUAAUCUAUCAAGACUAAUGUCUGCUGACAGAAUAGCACUGGGAUAUCCUAUUCUGCAGUAUGAUUCAAGCAAUAUGCAAAAACUAAUUAGUUCACUUAAAGAUAAGUACAGUGCAGCUAUGGACUAUAUUGAUUCAUAUUGUGUGCUAAUGAAGGCGCAAACAGCAGUGUAUAUGCAGCUAGCCCCCAAGUACAUUAUGGGAAUAUACAGACCGUAUUUAUUUGACACAAAGUAUGUACCUAUGGCAUACUACACAGAUAUAAUAGAUACUUAUUUAUACACUGAUGUAUAUAAAGAGUACAACCAUAAAGAUGUACUGAAAGCGUGUAUAAAAAACAGUAACGAACGAAAAGAUAAAAUAUCUGACGCAAUCCCAGGCAUGAGUGUAAAAGAGUACCAAAAACUUAAGAAUAGUCCGCAAUUGUCUUCUAUUUUGCAGUAUUCUCAGGAAUGUUCUAUGCUUGAAAUGCUUUAUAUGGGGGUGCUAUAUGAUAAAGUAUUACGUAGGCUGGUUUAUAAAGGAAUAGGCAUUUUUAACGCCAGUAUUUUUAGGCAUAUUAUGCCUAAUCUAAUUGCAUCACCAGUUAUUUCAUUUUUUGAGUCAUUUUUUAUUACAUGCUCAUUAGAUCCUAAGACAGAAAAAGAAUUGGGUUUAUGUGAGGGCAGAAUCAGUCAAGUAUUAAAUGAAAUAGUGAAAGGCAGAGAAAGCAUAUUAUUUCUGCAAUCUACAAAGUACAAGUCAAUUGACAUGUUUCCUGCUAUAAGUGACUUGCAGGCAUUUCUGUUUCUAGUGAAUAGAUUCAAUAUUCCAGAGCAAUCAUCUGUAUUACCAGAAGAGAACAUAGUAGUAUUAAAGCAAAUAGAGCGUAUGAACAAUACAACACCAGAAAAUACUGAAUGCAUCAACUCUGUAGCAAAUGACAGGAUAUAUGCAUGGAAAAACAAACAUUCUAGCAAACAUUCACGCGAUACAGAUGAUUCUGUACAAAUACAGCCGGUCUGCUCAAUAUUAUCAAGUAAAGAUAGAAAUACUCAAAUGAAAGAACUAUCAACAGAAAGCAGUACCAAUAUUAGUGAGUAUAUAUACUCUACUAUUGGAGUUGCUGUAGCAGUUGCUAUCUCAGGAAUUAUGAUAUAUUACUUUAUUCUGUCCAAGUAUGUAUAA